AGUCAGGAGCUGCAGAAAAUGAUCAACUUUCAGGGAUCAGUGACAUUCCAGGAUGUGGCCGUGGACUUCACUCCAGAAGAGUGGCAGCUGCUUAAUUAUGCUCAGAGGAAGCUGUAUGGGAGUGUGAUGUUAGAGAACUGUAGAAACCUCCUCUCAGUGGGAUGUCCAGUUACCAGUCCAAAAGGGAUCUUGAAGUUGAAACAAGGAAAAAAGCCAUGGAUGGAGGAGGGAGAGGAUCCACAUUUGAGCUAUCCAGAAGCUGACUGCCUACUUGUUGAGAAACCAGAGAAACACCAGGAAAGCAAAGAAAACUUUUUGAAGUUAGUUUCAUUCACAGUCAAUGAAAUUCCAAAUAUGGAGAGACUCCACCAUUAUAAUAUGAACACAAGUAUUAAUCCUAUGAUACGAAAAUCAUAUCAUUAUAAAUCCUAUGAGAAGAGUUUGCAACCUAAUUUGGACUUACUUAAUUAUAGUAGUAGUUAUACUGGAGAAAACACUUAUGAAUGCAAUGAAUGUGGGAAAGCCUUCAAAAAGAAGUUUGAUGUCAUUAGACAUGAAAAAAAUCAUGCAGGAAUAAAAGCCUUUGAAUGUAAUGACAGCGGAAAAGACUAUAGCAGGAAGACACACUUUGAAGCUCGUCAGAAAAUUCAUAAUGAAGAGAGACCUUUUGUGUGCAAUGAUUGUGGGAAAGCUUUUAUGCGUAAAUUUCAACUUGUGAUCCACCAGAGACUUCAUACUGGAGAGAAACCCUAUGAAUGCAGUGAGUGUGGAAAAACGUUCACUUGGAACUCUUCUUUUAAUCAACAUGCGAAAUCUCAUACACAGGAAAAUUCAUUUGAAUGUAAGGAAUGUGGGAAAACCUUCAAGUAUAGUUCAUCUCUUUGUAAACAUUCUAGAUUUCAUACAGGCGAGAAACCCUACCAAUGUAUUGUAUGUGGCAAAGCUUUCGGAAACACAUCAGUGCUUGUUACCCAUCAAAGAAUUCAUACAGGGGAGAAACCCUAUGGAUGUAUUAAAUGUGGCAAAGCAUUCAUCAAGAAGUCUCAUCUCCUUAGACAUCAGAUCAGUCACACAGGAGAGAAGCCCUAUGAAUGUAACAAAUGUGGUAAAGCAUUUUCUCAGAAGUCAAAUCUUAUUGUACAUCAGAAAAUCCAUACGUAGUAUUCACUUUAUAAAUAUGAACAUCUUAAAUGU